UUCGAAAACGAAAGUAGGAAUAAACAGACCUUGAAAAAAAACCCAGGAGAAAACGACGUGAAAAAAUUCUUGUAAAACCGAAGAAGGUUAUUUUAUCAACAUAUCAAUGGGUCCAUUCUGAAAGAAAAGAUGUAGCUGUAGACAGUGGCUACAGUGGUGUUAGAGGGUGACACUGUAGCAAAUAAUAGAAACCAUUAUAAACAGAACAAGGAUAGCGAGAUAAGGAGAUACUACUAAAGAAACCAACAUGAGUCUAACAGUAGAAGAGUCAAACUUACUGAGAUUUUACUUCCUGAAUUUGAAGGUUGCUUCUAAGGCUGCCAGGGUAUAUUUUGAUUCUAUCCAUCCACCAGCAGGACUUGCAGGGGAACUUACAAGAAGUUCUGUGACCUUGAAAGGGCUCCGUUUUAUGACAAAACUGCAACUGAAUGUUUUAUAUCCCAGUUCUGGCCAAACAGUUACUUCAGCAGACUUUGAUACAACGUUGAUAGUUUGCCUUUUACGGAACCUGCCACCACGUGAAUCUUCCCCCCUUACCGGCUGGGAUAAUUUACCACCACCAGGUGAUACCAGUACAGGUGCAGACCUUGCUAGAGUCAAAUGGUACAGAAACCUGUCAGCCCAUAGUAAAGACGGGAUAUUGUCGUCUACAGAUUUCAAUCAGUUCUGGGGUGAUUUAGAAGGUGCCAUUGGACGUCUUAGUGCCAAAGGCGGACUGCCAAUGCUUAAAGAAGCUCAGUUGGCACAAAGUUUCUCCAUUGGAUCCCUUACAGAUGUAUUACUGGAACUUAGAAACUAUGAAAAAUCACAACAGGAACUGACAGAAAUGAUAACAAAUCUUCAAUCAGCAAUUGACAGUCUUAGGACUAACAAAGAAGAGCAUGAAAAGAGAAUUCAUCAGGUAAAUGUUUCCCAUCAAAAAGGGGAAGCUGAAACACAAAAAUUGACAACUGAACCUUCUGAUUACAAAGAUAAAUGUACAGAGAAACUUGAAGCAUGUAAGAAUGAUAUAAAAAAGAAUGAAGAAAUGAUUAAAGAAUUGCAAGACCAAUCAGUUAAGAAAAAGGAUAAGAUAGCUGAUCUUAUUUCACAAAUAGGCAAACUUGAAAAACAUGACAAGAUGUUAAAAGAACAUGAUGAACAUUUGGCUAUGCUUGAUGAACAGGGGUCAAAACAAGGUGAACAGAUAGCACAACAAGGUGAACAGUUGGCACAACAUUGUGAACAGAUGGCACAUCAAAGUGAACAGAUGGCACAACAAGGUGAACAGAUGGCACAUCAAAGUGAACAGAUGGCACAACAAAGUGAACAGAUGGCACAACAAAGUGAACAGAUGGCACGACAAGGUGGAAGUAAUCAAACAAGACUUGAGGAAGAUACAAAAGCCCUUAUUGAAGAAGAUGUAAGAGAGGGUACAUUCGUAAGUACUAAGGCAGUGACGGAUGGCUUAUUACUACUGAAACAGAAUGGAGUCUUGUUGAUAACAGGACAUGCAGGUACAGGAAAAAGUCGGAUUGGUCGUCAUGUCCUACAUAUGUUUUGUACUGAAAAUAUGUCACACAAAUGUAUGAAGCUAACAUUGGCAGAAUGGGAUAAUAUGACCAAUAGAAAAGAAAAUAUGGACAAUAGAGCAGAAAAUUUGGUGCUUCUACUUGAUGACAUUUUCGGAGAAACAAAUUGUAUUUACAAUAGAGAAAAAGAUACCCCAAUUCUAGACAAAGUUCAUGCAUAUGUAUGUAAAGGUAACAUUAAAGUCAUUAUAACAAUCAGAGAUACAGUCAAACGUCAAUGUCAAGAAAUGUUUGACAGUCAUAGAUUAUUUAAGUCUGACUUCAUUGAUCUAAGUACAGACAAGUAUUUACUAAGCCGGAAGGAGAAAAAUACUUUUCUCGCAAAAUACAUGAAAACAGUUCGUCAAUCAGACUAUACCGACAAUAAAGGGUUUUUGGAUUUUAAUGGUGACACAAUUUUAGAUAAGAAAGAAGUUUUGAAAAUAAUACAAGAAAAUCCUGUCAAAGGAUUUCCUCUAGUAGUGUAUCAGUUUGUCCAUUACAACAAAUAUUUUAAGCUUGAAAGUAAAUUUUUCGACAGGCCAACAAAGGCCAUGUUAGAAGACAUGAAUGCAAUAAGACGUAAAGGUGAGGAUCAGAGGAAUUUUAUGAUACAGUAUGCAGUAAUGGUCUACACAGCAAUAAAUGAAAACCGUAUCAACCCUGAUGAUAGCUCUAAUAUUACAGAGAUUCCAAAGAUAAUUGAUGCAAUCUAUGAAAAAACAGUAAAGCUGAAAAAAUGGCACAUAUCAGAUGCAGUUAAUGAACUUAAAGGAAGUCAUUUGAUUAAUAUUCCAAACCGAAGAUCUUACAGAUUACACCACCCAACACUGCAGGAGAGUGUCAUCUUAUCUUUUGCUCAGAUUGAUGAAGCAAAUAUAAACAAGAUCAUACCUUUAAUCAGCUGGUCAUUUUUCCUAAAGAUGGUAAAACCAGAAUCAUACAAAGAAAAAGAGGGAGAGGUAGUAUUGAGAAUUCAAACAAACAGUUUUAAACUAUUGGCUGAUAGAUUAGUGGAUAUAUACAUAGCAGAAUUUGUGACUUAUGACUUUGAUCGUUUUAUAUCUAACUUAUGUAAUACUGAAAUAUUCCAGCAAGAAUAUUGUCACCUGCUACCUUGUUUAUUAGAGGUUUUAGAAAAGGAAGAUAUCAAAGAUAAACAUACUGAAAAUAUGAUUAGAUCUGGUGAAAUAGAUAGGUGUGACUAUUCUGCAUAA